GCAAAUUGGCAGACGCCGUAGCGUGUGGACACUCUAUUAUAUGCUCAAUGACGGAGCAUUUGCUCAGAUGAGCGUGAAGUGCCCAGCGAGACUGUAGUGAGAAUGAAGAUCGCACAGGGCGUUGCUUGUGCUUUGGUGUUCCUGUGCUGCUGUUUUGCGCAGUUAGAAGCAUACAGAAUCCUGUGCAUUUACCCAAGCUCCGGCCGGUCACAUGUGAUCGUGGGACAGGCAUUACUGAAGGGAUUGGCAGAGCGUGGGCAUGAUGUCACAAUGGUCAGCCCGUAUAAACUCUCCAAACCGGUACCGAAUUACCGAGAGAUCGUUGUGCAAAAGGUAGACCUAGGACAGAUGACGAAGGAUUUUCUUCAGAAAAACCAAGGCAACUCGUUCGGUGGCAUUGUACACCUGUUCAAGAGUCAGUUCCAAACGGCCGAGAUGGCACUGCAAGACCCGAAGUUUCAAGCAAUCAAGAACGAGCACUUUGAUCUGGUGAUUGUUGGUUAUUUUGUGGCGGACUUCGUACUGGGACUUGGGCCGCAUUUUAACGCACCAACCGUGGUACUGUUUUCGGCCGGUAUGACAAAGCUGACGGCUGACUUCGUGGGCAACCCGAGAGCCAUCGCAACUGUCCCGCACAUCAUGGUCGGUGGAAAGGGUGCGAUGGAUUUUCUGGGUCGUGUCAAGAAUUUCCUGUUUUCCUGUGUCGAAAAUGUCAUCGGUGAGGUUUCGGAGUACGUGCAGACUUCGUACUACGAUCGUCAUUUCCCGUCCGAUCGGUACCCACCGUUCAAGGACGUGCGUCGCAACGUUUCGCUUGUGCUGCUCAACACGCAUUUCUCGCAGGCAACGCCACGGCCGUACCUGCCAAAUAUGGUCGAGGUAGGCGGGCUACAGAUCAAAGCCAAACCAGACCCACUGCCCGAGGACAUUCGCGAGUGGCUCGAUGGAGCGGAGCACGGUGUCGUUUACUUUUGUCUCGGGUCAAAUUUGAAAUCCGCCGACCUUCCGCAGGCGAAGCUGGAUGCGAUUCUGAAGACCUUUGCACAACUGAAACAGCGUGUGCUGUGGAAGUGGGAGAGCGAUAGCAUUCCGAACGCGCCUCCGAAUGUACUUUCGAAAGCGUGGUUGCCGCAGGACGAUGUGCUUGCCCAUCCGAACGUAAAGCUGUUCAUCUCUCACGGCGGUCUGGGUGGUAUGGCAGAGGCCAAGUAUCAUGGAGUGCCGGUGCUGGGUAUUCCCAUCUUUGCCGAACAGUUCCAGAACAUUCAAUCCAUGGUGGAGGAAGGCAUUGCGCUGCGGUUAGACUACCAGGAGCUGGACGAGCGAUCAUUUUCGCGUGCCGUCAACAUUAUGGUGCGGGAGCAUCGAUUCGCCGAGCAGGCGAAGACUAUUUCGGCCCUGUUCCGCGACAGGCCUCAGAGCGCCAUGGAUCUGGCUUGCUAUUGGGUGGAGUAUGUGGCACGGCACCGUGGAGCACCGCAGCUGCACUACCCUGGUGCGGAUAUGAACUAUUUCCAGCGCGAAUCUCUGGAUGUAAUUGCUUUUCUAAUAGUCGUCCUUUAUGUUAUUGUGAAAGUGGUAAAGUUUGUAAUCGUAUUCGCGUUUCGAAAGAUGUGCAAAUCGUCUCGAAAGACAAAGGUGCAAUAAAUAAGGGUGGAAUUUGUCACGCGCAAGAUA